AUGCCUUCUGUAUCAGCUCUAAGCGAACGCAAAAUCAGGGAUCGAGAGCAAAGAUCGAAGCGGAUGGACAUGGUGCCGCGGACCGGGAGAACCACUCAAAACAUAUCGGCACUCAAUGCUAAGCCAAGCAACGUGAGGUCUACGGCCGCCGGGCGGAAACGCUCCUUGGAGAUGAUCAACGACCAUCAGGUAUCCACCGCCACUCCUGAUAUCCCAAAACGGGUGAAAACCGGCUCGGUCAGGUCCAAGAAGCCGAGCAAAUUGGCUACCAUAAACAACGUCCCUACCGUGAAGCUUACACUCCUUAUCUUUGGUGGUGGUGAAAACGGCGAGCUUGGCCUUGGACCCAAGAACAACGAAGCCACGCGUCCUACCCGCAACCCACACUUAUCUGCCUUUGAUAUUGUCCAAGUCGCCUGCGGCGGUAUGCAUACCGUUGCGUUGACGUCGGACAAUAAGAUCAUUACCUGGGGCGUGAACGAUGAGAACGCCCUUGGAAGGGAUACGCAGUGGGACGGCAAGCUGCGAGAUAUAGACACAGCCUCAGACGACGACGACAACGGAGACAUGAAUCCGCUUGAGUCAACUCCUACGCAAAUCCCCUCUGACUAUUUCCCUUCAAGUGUACGAUUUGUUCAGGUCGCAGCUGGUGAUAGUUGUAGCUUUGCGCUUACUGAUACUGGUCACGUCUAUGGGUGGGGCACAUUUCGUGACUCUCGGGGCGAGAAAGGCUUCAGAUAUGACGAACGUGGAGAGCUGGUGAAGAACCAGGCAACACCUGUCCAAAUCCAAAAUCUUCAAGAUAUUAGGCAGAUUUGCUGUGGCGUUGACCAUGCCUUGGCUCUUGAUAUAAGAGGCAAUAUUUGGGCCCGGGGCUUUCGAGUCUGCCGCAAUAAAGCCAAGUAUGUGGCUUCUGGAAGUUAUCACUCCUUUGCAAUCGACAAGAAUGACAACGUCUGGGCCUGGGGUGCAAACAGUUUUGGUGAAGCUGGAGAUGCUAAGACUGCGGGUAACAGAGGAGCAUUUAUCACACCAACCAAGAUUAAUAGUCUUUGCCAGAAGAAAGUCUUGGCUUUAGACGGCGGUGCUCAUCACUCAGCUGCGGUUACCGCUAAUGGCGAAUGCUUUGUAUGGGGUCGAAUCAUUGAGGGACAACUUGGCAUAGACUUUGCUCCUGAGCAAUUGCGGGAUUCAACGCUCAUUCGUUUCGAUGAACGUGAUAAGCCAUGCAUUUGCUUACGCCCUACCAUUAUCCCAACUACUCAGCAUCAACAAGUCACACAUGUUGCAUGCGGCUCGGAUCAUACUAUCUUGAUCGAUCAGCCUGGCAAUGCUUACUCAACGGGCUACGGCUUCCAAGGUCAGCUUGGUCUCAACUCUAAUGACGACGUCAAAGUUUUUCAGCGCAUUACGGAUAGAAGAAUCAAGGACAAGUUAAUCUGGGCCGGAGCGGGGGGGCAAUUCUCUAUCGUGGCUGAGUCUGCCAACGUUAGCUAA